AUGAGCCAAGUCGAGGCUUUGUACAUCUUCGAUGAGCACAACAACCUGAUCCUCGAGCACGUCUACUGUGCGCGCCCGCCGUCAGCCCAGCUCCUACUACCACUCUACCUCGCCCAUCCAGCGCCGCGGCCCUCGCUCGUUUACCUGCCCGCCACGAAUCCACCGACGCUCGUACACUCGAUCAUCCAAGACCGCCUGCUCUUCCUCGCGCCGUCCAGCGUUGACACGGAGCCUCUGCUCGUGAUAGAAUUCCUCCACCGCGUUGCCGAUGCGAUAGAAGACUUCCUGGGGUCGCCGCUGCUGGCGACUAAGAUCGAGGCGCACUACGAUGUCGUCGCCCAGCUGCUGGGCGAGAUGUGCGAUGCCGGCAUCGUCGCCAACACCGAGGGCAACGCCCUGCGCGACGUCGUCGAAGCCCCAAGCGUCAUGAAAAACCUGCUUGGAAACAUGGGCCUGCCUUCCUCCUCCCCCGCCCUCGGCGCCCGCCCCUCCCUCAAACCCACUCUCACACCCCCAGGCAGCAGCCCGACCGCAUCCCCCGUCCCCUGGCGCCGCGCCAACGUACGCCACACCUCGAACGAGCUCUACGUCGACGUCGUCGAAACCCUCUCCGUCACGCUCGCACCCUCCGGCCGGCCCAUCUCCGCCUUCGCCAACGGCAGCAUCGCCUUCACGUCCAAGGUCAGCGGGAUACCGGACCUGAUUUUGCGUUUGGAAGCGCCCGGCGGCGUCGGCAACGUGGUGCAGCUGCCCGUCUUCCACCCGUGCGUGCGGCUGGCACGCUGGCGCGAGCGCCCCGGCGAGCUCAGCUUCGUGCCGCCCGACGGCCGCUUCGUGCUGGCCGGCUACGAGGUCGACCUGCUGGGGCCGGACUACCUUCUCUCGGCGCACAACCUGAAAGGCAGCGCCAAUCGUCCCAGCCUCAACAUCCCCGCCAACGUCGAGGUCAAAACAGGCCUGGGCCCCGCCGCCGCAGACUUCGAGGUCCGCCUCUCCCUCUCCCCGCGCUUCCGCUCCACCGCCUCAUCGUCAUCCUCUACCUCCAUCUCCUCCGGCGGCAUCGGCCCCGGCCGCCCCGGCCCUGGAAUCGGUGGCCGCACCGGAUCGGGCUUCAGUCUCGGCGGCGGCAUCGGCGGCGGCGCCCACAGCGGCACGUCCGCCGCGCCGCUGCUGUCCGACGUGCUCGUCCGCGUGCCGCUGCCCGCCGGCGUGCGCAACCUGGCGGACCUGCGCCCUUCGCGCGGCGAGGCGCAGUACGCGCCCGGCGACGCGGCGCUCGAGUGGCGCGUCAGCUCGAAAGACGUCGCCGCCCUGCUGCAGCUGGGGAUGGGGGCUGUUGCGACGCUGCGCGGGGCGGUUGUGGGGGCGGUGGAGGGGGAUGAUGAGGAUGGGGAGGGUGGGGGAGACGGAGCGUUGUUGGGGACGGGGAAGUAUGAUUAUGAUGAUGGGGAGGCGGCGGGGAGUGGUGCGGGAGGAGGAGGGGGUGGGGGAGGGUAUCAGUCUGCGUCGCUGGUGGAGAAGGCGAAUGGGGCUACCUCUGCGGAUACGGAUGCCCGCGCGGAGAAGAGAAGGCAGGCGAAUAGGCUGCUCAUGCCGAGUAGCGCGGCGCUGAGCUUCCAGGUCAAGGGGUGGUUGGCCAGCGGCGUCAAGGUGGAGAGCUUGAACUUGGACCAGAGGAAGUCGAGGGGGCUGGGCGCGGGGGUCACGCCGUAUAAGGGCGUCAAGUAUCUGACUGUGAGCAGAGAUGGGGUUGAGGUGAGGUGUUGA